GUUACAAAGAACACUCAGUCAUCGGUGUGAUGGAAAGUCGGCUAGACUGUGCUGCAGUUGUUUAUCUCUCUUAAGGCUUAAGGUCUUAAAUCUCCGAAAUGUCUACAGCAUUUCCAUUGUCUAUUAAAUAUGUGAGCCCGGAUAUAAACAAACAAUUAUUAGAAGAUUUUACAGGGGAAAGAACUGGUUUUGUGCAAGUAGGUGAUGACCAGUGGUUUUUCCCAAGCAAGUAUGCAUCUGAAGGAGUUAAUUUCUACAAUUUCAGUGUACGGAAAGAUGACACAUGGGUGGUAACAUUUCCUAGAUCAGGAACAACAUGGACACAAGAAUUAGUCUGGUUGAUAGCAAAUGAUCUUGACUAUAAUACAGCUACCAAAAUUCCUCUGGUUGACAGAUUUCCUUUCCUUGAAUUUAGCGUAUUUGUGCAUGAUGAAGUGAAGAAGGAGCUUCUUAACCAGUCUGAAGGUGAUCCAGUAAAACAGGCUCUAAUAGAAAAACUCAGUAAGCCAGGAUAUGAAGUCCUUAGUGAAAUGCCAUCACCUCGCUUCAUCAAAACACAUUUUCCAUUUAGUCUCUUGCCGCAAAAUCUUUUAGAAGAAGGAUGCAAGGUGAUCUAUGUUGCAAGAAAUCCAAAAGAUGUUGCUGUAUCAUUUUAUCAUCUAAAUAGACUCUUCCGUACACAAGGAUAUCGAGGGGAUUUUAAAAAGUACUGGGACUACUUUGAAAAAAAUCUCCAUCCAUGGACACCUUAUUGGACACAUGUCACUGAAGGAUGGAAGAGGAGGGAACACCCAAAUUUGCUGUUUUUGUUUUAUGAGGAAAUGAAUAAGGACAUUUCAGAAACUGUUGAAAGAGUGGCAGCCUUCCUUGGGAAAUCUCUAACAGACGAACAGGUAUCAGAGCUCACAUCAUAUUUGCAUAUAAAUAAUUUCCGUAAAAACACAGCAGUCAACAUGGAUCAGCUGAAAGACAUUGGACUGCUGCAGAAUGGAGAGCAGGAUUUUAUAAGGAAAGGUCAAAAUGGUUCAUGGACUGAUGAGUUCACACCUGAGUUGGAUGAAAGGGCAAAUGAAUGGAUAAAAGAAAAUUUGAAACACACUGACCUCAGAUUUCCUGUAAAACUUGUAGAAGAAUAACAAUAAAACAUUAGAAUUUGUUUUGCUAAAUGGUGUCUCUUUUUACGCAAGUUGAAUCGAAUGUAGAAAACUAGCAGGAACUACAUGUGAAUGUCCACAUUUUGUGUAGCUGUUGAAGGCUUGUUACAAAUUUUCUGCUGCAGAUAACGUGCUCCUCUAAAAAGUAAUGCUUGCCGUGUGAGAACAGUGCACUUAUUAAAGUACCUGUAAAGAUAAAAUAAGUUAGAAUGUAAGCUGGCUGCUUUGACAUGCAUAUUUUGUGUGCAGUGUACAACCUCAUCUUCCCGAAUGAGAUGAUGUUUUGGGUCAAGGAUGGGCAAUCUUUGGAGACCCAUGGGCCUCAUUCAUAUAAUUAAACUCACAGGGCAUCUAGUCAUGUGAUGCAACAGCAGCACUCCCAAUACAUGAAGUCAAAACUAUAGUAAUAUGGGGGGCUAUAAAGCAUGGGGUCCCACAGGGUUCUGUCUUAGGUCCUUUACUGUUCUUGAUAUACAUUAAUGACUUACCAUUCCAUAUUGAUGAGAAUGCAAAGUUAGUUCUUUUUGCUGAUGAUACAAGUAUAGUAAUAACUUCCAAAAACCAAGAACUAAGUGAUGUAAUGGUAAAUGAUGUUUUUCACAAAAUUAUUAAGUGGUUCUCAGCAAACAGACUCUCUUUAAAUUUUGAUAAAACACAGUAUAUACAGUUCCGUACAGUAAAUGGCACAACUCCAGUAAUAAAUAUAGACUUUGAACAGAAGUCUGUAGCUAAGGUAGAAUUUUCAAAAUUUUUAGGUGUGUCCAUUGAUGAGAGGUUAAACUGGAAGCAACACAUUGAUGGUCUGCUGAAACGUCUGAGUUCGGCUACGUAUGCUGUUAGGGUUAUUGCAAAUUUUGGUGAUAAGAAUCUCAGUAAAUUAGCUUACUAUGCCUAUGGCAUCAGGAUAAAGUUGACAUUAUACCAAUUAUACUAUAAACUACAGGAGUCAAACCACACAAUAUCCACCAGUACGUCAAUGCAAUACAUCUACAUCCAAACUUACAUACACAACUACAGAAAUCUGUAAUUAUUGAUACAUGUUCAACUACCCGAAAGUUCCUAAAUGCAAUAUAACAUAUACCGUACAGUUAAAAGGAAGUCACGCUUGAUCAAGGUCCUCGUCACUUUCUACUUCUGACCAGACAUAACAUCUGAGAUAAGAAAGAAAUAAUAAUAAUAAUAAUUUUACUGCCAUUAGGAGAUUGCAACUGUAGACAAUGUCUCAUUCUAAACACAAUACAACUGAUAAUUUGAAAGAAACAAUGGGCUUGUUAAUAAUGUAACAGUAUUAUACUGUGGUUGGUAAAUGACUUAUAUUGUAAAAUGGGUGGGCAUCUAACCAACCACAGAGUGUUUGUCUGAAUGUUUGUUCAGUUAAUUGUUGUACAGACAGUAGAAGCUUAUUAAACAAUUUAUGCCCCAUGAGUUGGUAGUUGUUAAGUAAUUUUGACAGUCUUUUAUACAGAUAUAAACACAUCUAUCCUCUCUUGUACUGUAGUAAUGCUCAUUUUAUUUGCAUUUUGCUUCCAGUAACUUCUUUUUUUUUGUACAAAUAUCAGUUCACUGCAUUAUGAUUUUUUGUUCACAGAACAAUGAUUUACAGUAAACAAUGAUUUACAGUAUAUUACCCUAAUAGUUUUCUUCUGCAGUAUUGACAGAUCAUGCAUACUACUAGUGUUUCUGCAGAAAAUAAUAUUGUAGGUUGUUAUGCUUCAUAAGAAUGAUAAACAGCAUGUUAUAUAUUUAAGGCCUUAAUCCAUAAGCCCCCUUAACAAAUAAAUUACUCUUGACAAUGUAUAACUAAUAUAUUGUAUCUGUGGACCCCAAGACACCUUAUUAUAUAAAUAAACCCCAAAUAUUAACAUGACUUGGAUUAUCUGACAAAAGCUUUUGUUUUAACCUACAAACCAUCUGUUGCAUUUUGAUUUCAUGAAACAAGACUCCUUGCUUUAAACCUCUGGGGUGCUUGAUCAUUUGUCUGUUGUGGCUUGUAAGAAAGUAAAUUUAAGGCAUAUUCAUAAAAAAUUAUCUGAGAAUACAUUAACAUGUAACAAUCAGUAACUGAAUAAUUACAUAAAACAAGCAAUAAAUGAUGUAAAAGAUACUA